AUGGCUAGAGAUCAACAAGCGGUAGUGCUUAAUGCACUUGAUGUUGCCAAGACCCAGUGGUACCAUUUCACAGCAAUUGUCAUUGCCGGAAUGGGAUUUUUCACAGAUGCCUAUGAUAUCUUCUCCAUCUCCUUCAUCACCAAACUCCUUGGUCAUGUAUACUAUACUGAGCAAGGUGCAAAAAAGCCUGGCACGUUGCCUCCCAAUGUGUCUGCAGCCGUUAGCAGUGUUGCCCUAUGCGGCACUUUAGCCGGACAACUCUGCUUUGGCUGGCUUGGUGAUAAAUUAGGCCGAAAGAAAGUUUAUGGUAUAACUCUCAUGCUAAUGGUGAUCAGCUCCAUUGUCUCAGGGCUCUCUUUUGGAUCCACACCAAAUGGUGCGAUGGCAACGCUUUGUUUCUUUCGAUUUUGGCUUGGUUUCGGCAUUGGCGGUGACUAUCCCCUUUCAGCUACAAUCAUGUCUGAGUAUGCUAACAAAAAGACUCGUGGGGAAUACAGGAGCAUAUAG